UGGUACGAAAUUAUCGUCAACUGUUUUUGUAAGUACAAUAUAAAAUGGCAGCUCCCAUGCACCGAUAAUUUUGUUUUGUUUGGUUUACUUAAAUUUCACAAGAUGACAGAGGAUGUACAGAAGCAUUCAGUGCACACGCUGGUGUUCCGUUCCUUAAAAAGAACACAUGAUAUGUUUAUAUCUGACCAGGGUAAUAUGCCACAGAAAGAUGACAGAAGUGAAUGGUUUAGAAAGAUGUGUAAAAUUGAUGAUGAGUAUGGUAUAGUAAAGAAUAUGCCUAAAGAAUCUGGUAGGAAACAGCAGCAACCAAGUACAGAUGCCAGUAAUCCAUAUGGACAAUGGCAAGACUCUAGAAAUCCAUAUGCAGCCCAAGAUGGCAGCACAGGACAACCAGGAAUGGAGCUUGCACUAACAGAUCAAAACAGGUCAGACAAUCCCUCAGCUGUUGGCGGUCAGGAUUCAAAUAAGGCAUUGGUAACUGUAGGCUCACAACAAGCUCUCGUACCAAAGAAAGCACCUACCAUGCCGAAACCACAGUGGCAUCCUCCAUGGAAACUUUACAGAGUAAUCAGUGGACAUUUAGGUUGGGUAAGAUGUGUAGCUGUGGAGCCAGGUAAUGAAUGGUUCGUAACAGGAGCUGCAGAUAGAGUUAUAAAGAUCUGGGAUCUGGCAACGGGAACAUUAAAGCUGUCAUUGACAGGUCAUAUAAGUGCAGUACGAGGGGUGUGUGUAAGUCCGAGACAGCCGUACCUCUUCUCUUGUGGUGAGGACAAAAAGGUCAUGUGCUGGGAUCUUGAACAGAAUAAGGUUAUAAGAAAUUACCAUGGUCAUCUCAGUGCAGUAUACUCCAUAGAUAUUCACCCCACUAUUGAUAUCAUAGCCACAUGUGGGCGAGACAGUACUUGUAGGAUAUGGGAUAUGAGAACUAAAGCAUGUGUUCACACGUUUGCUGGUCAUACCAACACAGUAGCCGAGGUUAGAUGCCAGGCAGCCGAACCUCAGGUGAUCACAGGAAGUCAUGACUGUACUGUAAGAUUAUGGGAUUUAGCUGCAGGCAAGUCACGGGUCACCCUCACAAAUCACAAGAAAAGUGUUCGCUCCAUAUGUUUACAUCCUACACAAUAUACAUUUGCAUCAGGAUCACCUGACAACAUAAAACAGUGGAAAUUUCCCGACGGGAACUUCUUACAGAAUUUAUCUGGACACAGUGCCAUUAUAAACAGUUUAGCUGUCAACUCUGACAAUGUCCUGGUCUCUGCAGCUGAUAAUGGGUCCAUGCAUUUCUGGGAUUGGAAGACCGGGUACAAUUUCCAGCGAAUGCAAGCAGCUGCACAACCCGGAUCAAUUGACUCGGAGGCAGGAAUAUUUGCAAUGACAUUCGACCAGAGUAGCACUAGAUUGAUCACUGCUGAGGCAGAUAAAACUAUCAAAAUAUACAAGGAAGACGAUUCUGCUACGGAGGAAAGCCAUCCCCUCAACUGGCGACCAGAUAUUGUCAAGAAGAAAAGAUACUGACCUCUACAGUGUGUGGCUUUUAUUCUUCU